AUGCGGAGAACACUUCGCCUCCUCGCUGGCGUCAAGCCUGCUCGCUACCUUGAAGCCGGCACCCCGACGGGCCUCACCGGCCUCUGGACGCACAAUAGCCCGCGGUCGACACUGCUCUACCUGUACGGCACCACCCUCGAGAAGCUUCAGACGGUCCCCGAGUCCUCUCUCUACCGCCAAUCGGUCGAAGCCAUCACGAAGCACCGCCUCGGCCUCGUCGAAGCGACGGUACCGCCGGGCUACCCUGAGUGGGAGAAGCGUGCCGAGGCGAUUGUCAAGGAGAAGCCCGAACAGUUCCGCCUCGUCAGCGGCCGCGUCGACGGCAGCGGCGCGCGGACGGUGAAGCUCGGCGGCCGGACGUUUGUCGUCGCGACGCAGCACGAGGAGGGCGACGUCCGCCUCGAGGAGUGGGACGGCGAGAAGGACGAGGGCGGAACCCUGGAGGGCCCGCGUACCGAGGCCGAGCGAAAGGAUCACCAGCUUCUUGCUGACCGCAAGGACCUGAACGAUAUUGCCAAGGUGCAGUGGGAGGCGGAGCCGCAAUUGACAGCCGAUCAGGUUUCUGAGUUGGAGACCAAGAUCGGAGCUGGCCUCAUUGAGGAGGUCAUUCAGGUUGCCGAGAGCGAGCUGAAGCUCGUGGAUGUGAUGACACAGGCCAAGGUGUGGGAGGACCUUGAGGAGAAGCCUGUUGAGGGCCAGUGGACCUACUUUGAGCGCAAGUCCUCGUAA